CGGUCAGUUGAAAGUCAUAUGAGUGGGAGUAGUAAUUGUAGUAUUUAUAUACAAAAGAUGCGGUUACCCAGAGAUGCCAUACAUGUCGAAGAGUAUCAACAGUAAAGAYUUUUACGAAGAAGGCGAGACUUUGACUGUUAAUUGCUUCGAUGGUGUGGCCGUUGGACAGACACUCCGGGAUCACGUAAUACAGUGCAGUAAUAACACGUGGAAUACAACUGCUUUGCGUUGUUCUCACAUCCAUAAUAUCUCUUCAAUUAAUAUCUUUAAUGACGACAAAUCUGUGGCCAACAAGAACUUGGAAGAGCAAGAGUUCUUGUAUUUAUCAGACAGCGAUCCAAUGACUUGUGUAAUGCUCAGGGAUGUCGAGAAAUGGAUACUCCAUUUAUCAGAUGUCAAAUACAUUUCCAACAUUGCCUUAAUUGCUUCAUUUAUUGGCAAUCCAUCGAUAGAUCCAAACCAAGCAAUUGAAAUAACAUUGAGUUUACCAGACGGACAGGUAUGUCAUAUGGAAGAAACUAAUGUCAACCAACACUCGACACUCAAGUUUAUAGUAUAUAAAUGUCCGGAAAGUAAACCCUAUGAGAAUGUGACCAUUGAUUUGAAGGCAAACCAUAAAAUUGCUAACAUUUGUGGUUUAGAAGUGUUUACUUUGAUUACCGAUGACUGCGGUAAACCUGAAAUACCUCUCUAUUCGUAUACAAAUCAAAUGCGAAUACAAAAUGGCACUAAAAUUGCUGAAUAUGUUUGCGCUAAGGGUUACCAAAUGAAAGGCAGUCCAAUGAGAACCUGUGGUUCUGAUGGUCUAUGGAUUCCCUCUGAGCCACCAAUUUGUAUACCAGAAAUCACUUGUAAGCAAUCGGUAGAAUUGGUCGAAAACUUCACUUAUGAAUACAAAGACUUCGAUCUAUUCGGUAAUGCUUUGCCCGAUGUGUCCACUAUUAUGAUUCAUUGCUCUAACCGAAGUCUGGUGGCGGCCCCGCUAACUGAACUUUACUGUCAACCCGACGGUAAUUGGUCUCAAAUAGAUUACUAUCCCAUAUGUAUUCCUCGAUCUCAUGUAAUCAUAAGCAUUGCUCACGAUUUCCUCAAUCAUAAGCAUCUGAUCUAUUUUGGGGGUUCAGGUCUAGUCAUUCUGUUUCUCGGAUCGUUUGUUAUACUCUUUCAUAUGAGACGUUUGGCUAAAAAGAUAUCGCGACAAAUGAGAGAGAAGUCAUAUCUGGCUCAGGAAAAGUCAUUACCUCAUUAUAAUAAUGAGACCAACUAUCAGGACCUGACUAACCUGUUCUCACAACACGACGCCGUCAACUCUCAGCCCGCGUCAGCUGUGGUUGAGGUAUCGCAUAGCGAGAAAUACUAA